CCAAUUACCGCUGACCCUUAUGCAAUGUAUGUAUACCAAAGUUUGGUUAUAUCCGAGUCGACAGCAAGAUUUGAGGAAUUUUGACCGUUUUUACACAUCAUAACAGUUUGCGACAACUCAAAAUCAUGUUCAGAAAGUUGCUACCGACGAUGUCGCUGUUUCUUCUUGUCUUGGGGUCCGUUUCAUAUUUUUCCCAGGUAUUUGAUACAUGGCAUACAUCCUUGCAAGAACUCCCUGCCUUCGAUACCCGGGAAUGGGCCGUAGAUGAGACAAAACAGGAAAACAAAGAGGAGACAUCAUCAUCAGCAACCACAUGCACCCCACGCAGAAAGUUCGUCUUCAUCAAAACCCACAAAACCGGGAGUUGUACGGCUGGGGUCAUUGUCCGCAGGUACGCCAUCUAUCACAACCUGACGGUACUGUACCCGGCCGUGGCUAGCGGACCCAACAUGCUGGCCUGGCCGUUCCAACCCGCGGAGGAGGAUUAUGUCCACACGCCAGACGAACAGUAUGACGCCAUCGUGAACCACAUGCGGUACAAUAAAACAUGGCUACGGGCCAAGUUUCCAGCCGACACGGCGUACUUCUCCGUCAUUAGAGAGCCAAGCGGCCAUUUGAAGACAUCCAUGAACUACUACAGUCUUCCCAAGCUGAUGAAGAUCAACUCUAAGAAUCCUGUCAAGACGUUCCUGGAAGACCCGUGGAAGUACAAGGACCUGUCUGAGGCUUACUUUGACUUCUGUAACAUGACAUGGGACGGCACCAGGAACCAUCAGUCUUUUGACCUUGGUUACCCUACUAAAGCAGCUGACGACAUGGAACAAGCUCGAAGGUACAUCCGUGAGCUAGAAGCGGAUUUCACCACGAUGCUGCUACUGGAACAUCUAGAUGAGUCCCUCGUUCUCCUCAGACGUCUGAUGUGCUGGGAGGUGCGAGACGUUCUGUACGACAUCACGCCGAAGAACAGCCGAAGUUAUCCCUACAAAACGUACGUCCCCACCGCCGAGGAACUCGCCAACCUCCGCCGGUGGAAAGCCGUGGAUUACUUACUGUAUGACACCUUCAACGCCUCCUUGUGGCGGAAGAUUGCAGCUCAGGGACCGGAUUUCUACGAUGAGCUUCGUCACUUUAAGGAGACCAAGGCACAAUUAAAGUUCGUCUUCAUCAAGACCCACAAAACUGGCAGUUGUACUGCCGUGAACAUUUUUCAAAGAUACGCCAUCAAACACCGCCUGUCUGUACUCAUACCAACAGGAGGGAAUUUACUGGCCUGGCCCUUCCCUCCAGCAGAAGAGGAUUACGUCCACACCCCAGAUGAACAGUAUGACGUCCUCUUAAACCACAUGGUGUAUAACAAGACAUGGCUACGGUCCAAGUUCCCGGCUGACACGGCGUACAUCUCUAUCAUACGGGAGCCGAUCGGCCAUUUGCGGUCAGCCAUGAAUUACUACAGUCUUCCCAAGCUGCUGAAAAUCGCGUCUUCUAAGAAUCCUGUCAAGACGUUCCUGGAAGACCCGUGGAAGUACAAGGACCUGUCUGAGGCCUACUUUGACUUCUGUAACAUGACCUGGGACGGCACCAGGAACUUUCUGGCAUUCGACUUGGGCUACCCUACAGAGGGAGCUGACGACAUGGAACAAGGUCGUCAAUACAUCAGUGAACUAGAAGCGGACUUCACUCUGGUCUUGCUACUGGAACAUUUGGACGAGUCCCUCGUUCUCCUCAGACGUCUGAUGUGCUGGGAGGUGCGAGACGUUCUGUACGAUAUUGAAGCAAAGAACAAUCGGGGAUACCCAUACAAGUCUUACAGCCCCACCGCCAAGGAACUCGCCAACCUCCGCCGGUGGAAAGCCGUGGAUUACUUACUAUAUGACACCUUCAACGCCUCCUUGUGGCGGAAGAUUGCAGCGCAGGGUCCAGAUUUCUACAAGGAACUCCGCUACUUCAAAGACGUGAAGAGGCGUGUCGGCGAGUUCUGCCAUGGACAUGGAAGGAAGGCAAGAAAACGCGAUCGUCGCCGGUCUCCUCUCACCAUAGAGGCGUCCAAGUGGAGUCGAAAGUUCACAGUGGAUUCUAAGUACUGUAGAGCAAUACAAGAAAAAGAAAUUCCUCUAGGGAAGUACAUCAGGAAACGUGCAUCUGUGAAAGACAAGAAAGGGCGGACAAUCAUGAGAGUCGCCGAAAAUGUACUUCGUAUUGUAAAAGGUCUAGCUACUGUGAAAUAUAAGGCCGAGGCAACAAAAGGAAAACAUUGACAGUGUCUGGUAAAGUCACGCAUAGAGGAAUUAGG